CUCAUCAGAGGUAUCAUGCAAGUCAAAAGCCUGCAAAAGUCUCCUAGAAUGCAUAAAUCAUUAACCAUUUCAGUCUCUGACAUACCCAAGGUAAGCUCUUUCAAUGUCCUUUCAGAAGCCAGGAACUCCUUCUAGUCAUAAUAAAAGACUUCACUUUUACUUGUGUCAGUUUAAAUUCAUGAUCACUCAACACAGUUGACCAGAACAGCACAUGAGACUCUAACUGAGCUCUCAUCAGUGCUCUGCACAAAUUCUUUCCCUGCUUCUCUCAAACAUCAUUGGCCUAAUGUGCACUCAAAUUAUACACUCUUUUCACAUGGGCAUGUCCUGUUAGUGACUCAUUAUCUCCCUGGCACAAAGCAAAAAAUCCUUUUUUUAGCCCUAAGUAUAUGACUUUAUUAUUAAACUUUGGUUAACUUCUAUCACUUCUAUACAAAAACUCUUCUUAUCCUUCCUGUAUAAUGACUUGAUUGUCCCCAGGAGGAGUAGAACCAUUCAGAUAACAUUGCUAUAGGCCCAGCUCUUGAACCACACUCAUGAUCCAGGUAAUGGAUCAGACAGGAUUAGUCCCAUGACCAAUGCCUAUCUACUUGCAGAACACUGCAAGUAACCCCAGUAAAACUCAGUAAUUCCCUUCCCAGUGCUAAAAUGAUGUUUCUUUAGCAAUCUCCUUAUUUACCUUGCAGUCCUUCUGACAGGUCACAUCCUCUCCCUGUUCCCAUCACUUAAAUUUCAACAAAGGACAUUGUACGAAAUAUUCUGUUUAAGUCUAGAUGGAUCAAGUUAGUUGUAUUACUUUUGUCUAAAAUGUCAGCUAAACUUCACUCCUCUUCUUCCUUCCUUUACCUCUUUUCUUAAGCCCCCUGGUUUAGUUUUUGGGUUUUUUCUAGAUCCAGCUCAAUGUAGUUAUGGCCAUAUGCCCUUUAUUCCUUCAAUUUUUGUGCAUAGGAAGUCUGCAGCACUGCAGAAUUUCAAUAUCCUGGCAGACCAGGACAACCCUAUGUUUCUGGUAGUGUCAGUUAUGGAGACAUGAAUAAUUAAAAAAUAAUUAAUAGAAAUAUAGUUCAGUUUAUUAGAGGUAUAAAAUUACUUCAGAUUUUAAACAUCUAUGAAAGUUUGAGCCAGAAGGAGAUAUGCACGAGGUUGAUAAGGGAUCUAAAUACAUGAAAAUUCAGGAACCCUGAGUAGGAAAGACAAAACAAACAUAUAUUUACCUUUUUAGUUGAGUUGAAGAUUACUGAAAACAUAGCUAUAUAAUUUUGUCAGCAGCACAGACCUGAUUUUCAUAACAAUCUUUGAAGUCAUAAAAGGAACAAAUAAAACCCACUCGUUAUCAUCUGUGCUUCACAGGAGUGCAGUGUAACCUCAAAAAAAGCCAUUUGAAGGUCACUUAGGUCUCAUAACCUUGAGGUAAGCAUACUUGUUUAGACCAGUUGUAUUCUUCUGCAGUCGUCCUGCAAAACAAGAAUUUGCUAUAGAAUUUGCUAAGUUUUCCUAUAAAAUCUGGUUAGAUUGCAUAUACUUUUGCAAAAAGGGACAUUAACAUCGAAGGGCAAAGAACGUCUUUGACUUUAGUCCAGGACAUCCUCUUCAGCAGACUUGUGGAGACAGAAAUAUCAUGACUAUGGUAAGUACAGAGCUCUAUUCAUUUUCUUUUUAUUACAUGGAUGCAUAAGAUUUAGCACUAUAGCUGCUAUGGAUGUGACAGCAAAAUUUUAAAUUUAUUUCUAAUAGUUUUCAAAUCAAUUAUUUGCAUCUGACUUCCUGCUUUUGGGGGGAUGCAGAAUCCUUUUUUUUUUAGCUCCAUCAUGUAAACUGGUUUGUAUGUGCCUCAAAAUUCAAAAUUAAGGAAGAGAAGAUGGCUUCUUUUAAGGCCAACAUGACAAAUUAUUUUGUGUAUCUAAAGGAAUUCCACAGUCAAGUAUUAAUGUUACAUUGAGCAAGAAAUGGGAAUGGGCAGCACCUCCUAACUAGACUUUUCAGAAAGCAGUUGUGUUGUUUUAUUUUGAUUCAGCAGGACUUUGUCACUAAAAAGAUAAAGGGAUUUUUGUCUGUCUGAAUCAUUAGUAUAGUUCAAGGAGGACUGUGGUGUGUUUAGCUACAUUUGGAGGUAAUAUUUUUUAACUUGUAUUUAAGGAGCCCAAAUAUAUGUGGAACCUUUUGUUUGCAAAACCCUACUUUAGAAUUUGUACAGCAAGCACACUCUCCUGGCAUGAUUCAUGUAUCUUGCUGCUUUCACAAAAGGUUUGUUUAGAGCCAGUGCGUAUGUAAAUAUGUUGAACACAGAACUUUUGCUGUUGCCAAAUGCAGCUUGAAAAUAAACAACAAUUUAAACAGUCCCACUAUUUUUAUUUGAUUUUGAUUAGUUGGACAAAAUUACUUCCAGAAGUCUCUGCUUGCCUAAAUUAUGUUGGAAGGCUGUGAUUUGUGUCGGCAGUGACUUCUCCACUGGAGGUCACUGUUGUGCAGAAAACCGGGAAGGGCACCACAGGAAAAACACACAUGGUGUUUCUACCCAGAGCUGCGUGAAGAGGUUCGCUUCCCUCAUAGUUAUGAGCGUAGGAAGUCACAUUUGAGGUUACUCAUGGAAAAAUUUGAGAAGGGUAGCGAAGACAGAGAGGAUGAUCCUGCUCAAAGUCAACCCUUCAAAAUCCCAAGAGAAGAAAUUCCUGAAGGAUUACAACAGGAAAGGAAAGCAGCAUUUGAGAAACUAGCAAGUCAAGGAAAUACAAUGUGUACUCCAGGACCCAGUACCUCUCAUGAAACUGUUCAUCCUAAGCCUCCUCUGGCAGUCAAGCCUUCAACUGAUGACAAAAGAGAGCAUGAUCCAAAGCCAUUACAUUUGAACCCAGUGGCACAAAGGUUUGGUGUUCAUCUUCAGCCAACUAACAGAGAAAAUUAUGGAAAAACUGAAGGCACUAAAUUCCCCAUCAAAACCUGUGACUCGGCAAGAGACCCAAAGCCUCUAUGUCCAAAACCUGCAAGGAACAAGUUCCCCAGCUCUGCUCCUCCUGAUAAUGAAGAAAAUACUCUGGGAGCAAAACCAAAUUCAGAUUUGGCAUCACAGAAGAGUGAGGCAAAACCAGCAUUUCCAAAAGUAACUGGAAUUAAGAAAAAGCUAAUGUCUGCAGCACAGGAAAAUGUACCCAAGCCUUCUCUCUUUAAAAAACCGUCUUUUAACAUUGAGGUCUCUAACAAUACAGACACUUCUAAUAAAUGUGGUUCUCUUCAAAGUAGUCUGUCAGGCCCUAGAACAAAUACACACUCACUUAAGAAAGUAAAGGAAAUGAGUGAAAAUAACUCAGCUGCAGAAGCUGCAGGCAGUCAUCUUCCUAAAAUAUCUCUGAAGCCUGCUGGCCGCUCACAGAGCUUAUUUCAAGGCACCUCGAAAAACGUGGAGGAAGAGACUGAAGAAAAGGGAAUGAGUGUUACCAAGACCACCAUUGCCAAGAAAGUCAACCAGGAAGGAUCAGAUUCUUCUCCUAAGUUUCAUAAAAUCAAUACAGCACUUGGUGCAGAAAGGUCAUCAGAUGAAUCACAAGAGAAAGAGGAUGGGGACAGGAGUUCAAGAUGCCCCAAGCGAAGGGUUUGGGGCCCAGUGGUCAAGAUGGCUCCGAACCCACCAAAGCCCAACAGACCCCCACAUGUGGAACUACGAGGAUACCAGAAGAGUGCCCCGAAAAAGACAGCUAAAGGUUUGAAACUGACAGCACCUUCCUCAGCAGCAUCUGCCCCACAGUUUCCACCUCCUCCACCAAUCUCUUACCCAGCCCUGCAGGUUAAGGCAGCUCCCAGUCUGCCUCCCAGAAACAUCAAGCCCAGCUCUGAAACAAGAAAUCCAGAAAAUGAAGAAAAUUAUGAUGACGUGGAAUUUGUUUUACAGGGUCAUGGAAGUACACAGGGGGGCCAAAAAAGUGAUGUAGAGAUGUAUGAAGAUAUAAAUGACAUCAGAUCAUCAAGGGAAAAAGAGAAGAAGCAGAACAAAGAAGAUAAGAGAAGAAUGGAACAAGAGAAAAGAGAACAAAAGGAAAAAGAAAAGAAAGAACUGGAAUUAAGGAAGAAGUUCAAAUUAAUGAGACCCAUUGAAGUUAUUCAUCAGGCACGAGCUUGUGUUGACUACAAAGGGGGGAAGAAUGAACUGACUGUCAAAGAGGGGGAUAAGAUUGAAAUCAUUCGCCUCACAGACAACCCAGAAGGAAAGUGGCUGGGCAGGAUAGGAGAAUGCUAUGGAUACAUUAAAACAACCAUGGUAGAGAUUGAUUAUGACUCUUUGAAAAGAAAGCAACGAGCACCUACUGGAGCCAAUGUGGAAUUUUCAGAGAGUGACAUGGAAGUGUAUGAUGAUGUUGGAGAGCAGGAGAGCUUGAUAAGCCUAGGUUCUGACAAUAGUGGAACUGGAAAUGUGUUCCCACCUCCUCCUCCUUCUAAUCAAGAUAUUUAUGAUGAAAUUGAUGAUGGAGAUCCCAUAGCAAGGUCUGUAUCACAGGAUGAAGAUAAGAAUGGUAUCUGGUCCUGGGGAAUCUUGAAGAGGCUAAAGGUCAAAGAUGACAAAAAGAAAAGUAUACGAGAAAAAACAACCAAAGUCAAUGAGGCAGAAGAUAAUGGAAAUUUAUUCACAUCUUCUUCAACAAAGCUGUCUGGAAAAGAUUGUGGAGAGGAUGUGUAUGAUGACGUGGAUUCUUCGGACUUCCCUCCACCGCCACUUGAUGAUAUUUCAUCAAAAGUAGCAAGCUUUGGAAAAAGGAAAUCGGAUGAAAAAGAUGUACAAAAGCAUGAACAGAUGGAAAGAAAAGAGAAAGAAUUCCGGAAAAAAUUCAAAUUUGUAGGUAAAAUAAAAGUUCUUUUUUCUACUACUGUGGCUCAGAAUUUACCUAAAAAAAGAUGGGGAUCUAAAGAAUUACAUAUUAAACCGGGAGAGUCUCUUGAUAUUAUAGAAAGUACGGAUGACACCAAGGUCCUGUGCCGCAAUGAAAAAGGAGAAUAUGGCUAUGUCUUGAGAAGCAAUUUAGUUCAAAACGAAGGAGAGAUUUAUGACAAUGUUGCUGAGGACAUCUAUGAUAACGACUCAGAUGCAUGAUUCUGUUCAACUAAUGACUUAAAUGAAGAUCACCUCUAGUUUGGACUCCUACUUGUGGAAGCUCAAUUACAAAUUAAUUGGUUACACCCCUGUAAAUGUAGAAUUAACUUUUCUUAGGAGUUCAGCCUUUUGUCCUCCAUUGCUUUAAACUACAUUACAUUGCUAUUUAUCUGAGCCAUUAAAAUUCCCUUUAUUGAUGUUUUAAAUACAAUCAAAUACAAUUCGAAUACAUCUCAGAGGAGGGAUAUGGGGAUAUUAAAAAAAAAAAUAACUGUGGAGAUAAUAGCCUAAAAACUACUUUUUUACUGUAUUUAAAAUUACUGAUAAAA